CUCGUCUCCGCGGCUCAUGGGUCUCGCUCGUCGCACAUCUCCGCGGCGGGAAGCGGCUGCAGCAGCUCCGGGACGGACGGGAGGACGGCAGGGAGGACGGACGGGAGGACGGACGGGAGGACGGCAGCAUGGCGGGAGGACGCCGGGGGCUGGUGGCCCCCCAGAACACCUUCCUGGAGAACAUCGUCCGCCGCUCCAACGACACAAAUUUUGUCCUGGGGAACGCUCAGAUCGUGGACUGGCCCAUCGUGUACAGCAACGACGGCUUCUGCAAACUCUCCGGUUACCACCGGGCCGAAGUCAUGCAAAAGAGCAGCACCUGCAGCUUCAUGCAUGGAGAGCUGACAGACAAGGAUAUGAGUGAGAAGGUUCGACAGACCUUUGAGAGCUACGAGAUGAGCUCCUUUGAGAUUCUGAUGUACAAGAAAAACAGGAUGCCGGUGUGGUUUUUCGUGAAGAUUGCUCCAAUCAGGAACGAGCAGGACAAAGUUGUCCUGUUUCUCUGCACCUUCAGCGACAUCACAGCCUUCAAGCAGCCAAUCGAGGACGACUCAUCAAAAGGGUGGGGUAAAUUUGCCCGUCUAACUCGUGCGUUGACCAGCAGUCGUGGAGUUCUGCAGCAGCUCGCUCCAACCGUCCACAAGGGAGAGAACAUUCACAAGCAUUCACGGCUGGCAGAGGUUCUCCAGCUGGGUUCAGACAUCUUGCCUCAGUACAAACAGGAAACCCCGAAGACACCACCGCAUAUCAUUCUGCACUACUGCCUCUUCAAAACCACCUGGGACUGGGUCAUCCUCAUCCUCACCUUCUACACGGCCAUCAUGGUGCCCUACAACGUCUCCUUCAAGACCAAGCAGAACAACGUCACCUGGCUGGUGGUGGACAGCAUCGUGGAUGUCAUCUUCCUCGUGGACAUCGUUCUCAACUUCCACACCACCUUCGUUGGUCCGGCCGGGGAGGUCAUCUCUGACCCCAAACUCAUCCGCAUGAACUACGUGAAGACCUGGUUCGUCAUCGACCUGCUGUCCUGCCUGCCUUAUGAUGUCAUCAACGCCUUUGAGAAUGUUGACGAGGGAAUCAGCAGCCUCUUCAGCUCUCUCAAAGUGGUGCGUCUGCUGCGCUUGGGCCGCGUUGCUAGAAAGCUGGACCACUACAUCGAGUACGGCGCCGCCGUUCUGGUCCUGCUGGUGUGUGUGUUCGGCUUGGCGGCCCACUGGCUGGCUUGUAUCUGGUACAGCAUCGGAGACUACGAGGUGAUUGACGAGGACACCAACAGCGUGAGGUUGGACAGCUGGUUGUACCUGCUAGGAGAGACGGUGGGGACACCGUAUAAAUUCAAUUCCUCAGGUUCAGGCCGCUGGGAGGGCGGGCCCAGCAAAGACUCGGUCUAUAUCACUUCACUGUACUUCACCAUGACCAGUCUGACCAGUAUCGGCUUUGGAAACAUCGCACCAAACACGGAUGGAGAGAAGAUCUUUGCUGUGGCCAUGAUGAUGAUCGGAUCACUGUUGUAUGCCACCAUCUUUGGUAACGUCACCACCAUCUUCCAGCAGAUGUAUGCCAACACCAACCGCUACCACGAGAUGCUCAACAGUGUGCGAGACUUCCUCAAACUCUACCAGGUUCCCAAAGGCCUCAGUGAAAGAGUGAUGGACUACAUUGUGUCCACCUGGUCCAUGACCAGAGGCAUUGACACUGACAAGGUGCUGCAGAUUUGUCCCAAAGAUAUGCGGGCGGACAUAUGUGUUCACCUCAACAGGAAGGUAUUUAAAGAGCACCCUGCCUUCCGCCUGGCCAGCGACGGCUGCUUGCGGGCCCUGGCCAUGGAGUUCCAGACCAUCCACAGCGCGCCAGGUGACCUCAUCUACCACGCCGGAGAGAGCGUGGACAGUCUGUGCUUCGUGGUGUCUGGGUCGCUGGAGGUUAUCCAGGAUGAUGAAGUGGUGGCCAUUUUAGGUAAAGGGGAUGUGUUUGGGGAUGUGUUCUGGAAGGAGAUGACGUUGGCUCAGUCCUGUGCGAAUGUCAGAGCAUUGACUUACUGUGACCUCCACGUCAUCAAACGUGACGCUCUGCAGAAAGUCCUCGAGUUCUACUCCAACUUUGCUAACCAUUAUUCCAGAAACCUGGUGCUUACAUACAACCUGAGGAAGAGGAUUGUCUUCCGCAAGAUCAGCGAUGUAAAACGGGAGGAGGAGGAGAAGCUGAAGAGGAAAGACGAGGCUCCCCUGAACCUCCCCCCGGACCACCCGGUCCGGCGGCUCUUCCAGCGUUUCCGGCAGCAGAGGGAAGCCCGGCUCGCUGCAGAACGUGUCUGUACGGGUGCAAGUGAUGUGGAGAAAGGUGCCGGCCACGUGGAACCCAGAGCGCCACAAAUCCUUGCCUCCACGAGUAUCGUCAUGGUGACUGAGAGCCCAGACACCCCCACCACCCCCUCCACAUCUGCCGUCUCCCCUUCAUCCAGGACCUCCAGCCGGGUCUUGCUCCACUCUACUGUGACCCAAAACGGCAGCGUGGCUUGCUGUAAAUCGGCAGAAACACCCAAGGGUAAAGGCUGGGGACGGUUCAAGCAGGCGGUGGUUAAAGCUGACUCGUGGAGCAGCGUCUCCAAGGCAGAGUCCAUGGAAACACUGCCUGAUAGAACUAAGUCUCAUGAUCAAAUGUCCCUCAAGAAAACGGACUCCUGCGAUAGCGGCAUCACAAAGAGUGACCUCCGCCUGGACAGUGUUGGUGAGGCCAGAACACCGCAGGAGCGGAGUCCAGUCCAGUCCGAGGAAAAGAAGGUCUUUUGUCCGAUACCGGAGCAGAGCCUGCAAGCGUCUUUCCUUGAGCUGAAACAGGAAUUAAGAGGAGACAUCAAAUCUCUGAACAGCCGCAUGGCAGUACUGGAGAGUCAACUAGCAGAACUUCUUCAGCUGCUGAAAUCCAGGAAGUCAUCCGGCUCCUUUUUUGAGGCCUCUCGGCCUCCGUCUCCUGACUCUGAUAAGGAUAGUCUCUCUUAAACGGGACUUGGACCGAGUCGGAGGGAGUGAGAGUUGAAUCAUCCAGUCUCUCCACAGGCAACAAUGGCACUUUUGACAUUUGUCGUUCUCUGCUGUUUGAAAUGUUACAGGCAGAAACUGAAAUAAGCAUAAAUGAAAUAUAAAGCUUUUUUUGCGCUAAAAGACAGUCAUGAUGGCACCUUUUCUUCCUGGGAGAUUCUGAGGAACUUGAGAUCUCCACAUUGUAUUGGCAAUAACUGAUGGCUUUAACGUUGUUUUUUUAACAGAACUUUGCCACUGUAAUGAUUGAGAGUUAUUUAUUAGGGUUUCUUUGAGGGCUUUAUUCUUUUGAAGAUAAAUUCACAAAGACGGUUUAGCUGUGUAGAAACUUCAGGUAUCGAAGCUUUUUAAUGGAAUGAUGAAGGCAUUUGUCCCUCUCAAGCUCAAGAUAGAGGUUUGGCAGCAUCGCCGAGCCUCUGCUUAACAUCAUAUCACAUCACAUGAUAUCAGGGAUUGGUUCUGAUUAGCAUCAACUAUCAAGGAUGAUGCUGAACAUGCCAGUCAAUGUAAAGCAAGCUUUCAGUCCAAAGCUUUGAAAGGCGAGCUGAGUGAUCAGACUUUAAAUUAGAAUCAUGUUUCUUUACAAUUUUUCUAUAGUGUUUUUAUAUCCUGAAUGAAUGUGUAAAUCGUUAAGUUAAAACAAGAACUUCAGAUUUUUCUGAAGUUGAGUCUGUCUCUUGCAAUGGUCGCGCUUUAGCAACUUCAAAUUGAAAUAUCUGUCAUCAGCAGUGAUCUGCUCACCGCCCUAUAAAAUAAGCUACGUGACGGAUGGUAAGUUUGACGUUUCCUCUUGUUCUUUUCACUGUAUUUGUUUCAUCAACUCAAGCUCGUAUGCGUUGGUGAGACACGACUUCCACCUUAAAACCUCAGAUGUUUUUUGUUUGUUUUUUUUUCACCAGGAUAACGGGAGUUCACUGUGACCAAAAAUAAAUAUCAUCAUUAUCUCUGAAAUAUGAAUAUGAAAAUAAAACAGUCAGGGUCAGCACACCUUUGGGCAAACAUGGCACAUUCUAUGUAAAAAAAAAAGUGAUGCGGAAUACAUUCAAGGGUGAUCAUCGUGUCAAUGGUCCCAUGAGAGACAGCUAAAAUAUAACAUGGUCAUAUUUAAUCUAAGAAGAUGACUAGAGCCACCGGAGUAGAUGUUUGUACACAGAUAUUUUCAGUAUUCUUUUCUGUUUUUGAAUCAUCCCUAAAGUCUCUUUAAUCUGUGUUCUUGCAUGUGUUUUACUUUUGCUGUCGUGACGAAGGACUGCUGAUGAUCAUGAGUAACCAUCACUUAUUAUAACUGCUUAAAUCAGAGGUGACUUAAAGGUUAAAAAAAGAAAAGAGAAGUCAUUAAAAGGGAAAAUGAGACAUCCUAAAAGUCUGCACUGAAACUGACCUGCAUGUACCACAUAAAUCUUCAUGACCAUGACCCAUAUAUUUAUUUAAAGCCAAUGCAGAUUGUAGGCAAACCAGGGUGAUAAUAAGGAAUUUAUUUUGUGUUACUAUACUUAUUUUUUCACAGCUUUUAAUUGUAAUCUGCCUGAUCAUAGUUUUAAGAAGAUGAAUAAAUACUGAAAACUAAAAACUGAAAUACCUUACUGGCAUGUGAUGCUUUGUUACAAUCAGAGGAAGUAUAACCUGUGAUUUAAAAUAAAUGAUUCACCUAAAAUGUCUAAAAUAUGUAUGAUUGUCUUGACUUUGGUGACACAUGUAUCGUGGGUAGGUGUGAUUAUAUCCAAUUGUUGUCAUGAAUGAGACACAGGUUGUCUGUGAUUGUUUAUGUAACUCGCGCUAUUCCACGAUCACUGUGACAUCAGCUCUGCUGCACCUUGGUUACCUGUCAUACCUGCAUGAUGCUGGUGUCUAACACGUCCUCUUCUACAAGCAACACUGCAACCAUGCUGGCUGUUUAGCUGCGUACGCUUCUCUGAUGUCUUCUCUCUCCUUCUGCUGCUCAUCUGUACAUUUGAGUGCCGGCUGUGCAUGAAGAGCCCCUGGGUUUUAAAAUGGGAUGUCUUUGUCGGUAUCAUGUAUGCACUGUUUUGGUAGUUCACCACAUGGACGAGCAGAGUGAGAAAAGACUUGUUGGGAUUACAAAUACACAAUGUUAGAGUUUCUGUUUUUCACUUGCCAGGAAAACAAACUGUAUCAGCACAACGUUUAUUUACAAAAUAAAUCACAUUAGAUAU